AUGGCUCCCACUGCAACAACGCACUGUGCUGUGUCCCAUCGGAACAGCGCUCCAGAUGUUUGCCCUGAACGCUUUUUCUUCGUAUGGGCUGCAACUGCCUCUCUUGAAUCCCCCAGGAAGCCGCCAUUUCUCACCAACAGCACAGGGACCUUUGAGAGGUCUCUUGGCUUUGGAGAGAGGAAUGUGUUGCAUUCAGAAAGUGAACUGGACACUGCCAGGACUUCACAAAGCGAUGCUAAGUUCAUCCGAGGGCAGCUUGAAACAGUAGCAACAGAGGGCAGCAUUUGGCUUAAAGAGGACCCGGAAUCCUCGGAAGUUGUUCAACUGCUUGCAGUAGAACCUCAAAAUUAUGCCAAGUCUCGUGGCAGCCUCCUUAAAACUAUGAAGAACUUCGUAAAGGAACCAGAACUCGUAAAGUUGCUGCUCGUCUCCACUAUAUUCCUUGUCUCAUUCUUGUUCACAGAUGCGAUUUUAAAACUCGCUUACUUCAUUAUCAUGCUGUGGGUGGCUUUGAGAGCACUGCAAUUGCUUGAGUAG